CUCCAUCACCGCCACAACGCGCAGGUAAUCAACUUGCUGAAUUUGCAGAGACAGUGAACAUCCCAUUUAGUUUCAAGAUAGUUAUGAUAGAAGACAUGCUGGAUUUCAACGUAAACCUCCUUGAACUCAAUGAUGAUGAACAAGUGGCUGUCUACUCACCUUUCCGAUUAUCAUAUUUGAUAGUAAGAUCAAAUCGUCUGGAGCAUCUCAUGCGAGAGAUUCGGAAAAUCAAUCCUUGUAUAACACUCAUCUCUGAAGUUGAAGCAAACCACACUUCACCAGCUUUUGUGAAUCGUUUCAUCGAAGCCCUUUUCUUCUAUGGUGCACUUUUUGACAGUAUGUCAGAUCAGUUAGCUGAUAGUGAGGUUAAUAAAAAGUUUGCGGAGUCUGUUUUCUAUGGUGAACCUAUCCGUAAUAUUGUGGCUGCUGAAGGAGAGGAGAGAACAGUUCGGCAUGUUGGCAUUGAUGUUUGGAGGGCUUUUUUUGCUCGGUUUGGGAUGCUGGAAGUUGAACUGAGUGACGCGUGUUUGAACGAAGCAAAGCUGUUGAUAAACAACUUUGAUUGUGCGAAUUCUUGUAUGCUACGAGUUGAUGGCAAAUGUUUUCUAGUUGGAUGGAAAGGCGUACCGAUCUUUUCUGUUUCUGCUUGGAAGUUUGUAAGGUAGCUCAACGCAAACAAAGAUAUUUCUGGUGUUAUUGUUUUCUUAAUGUAACAAGGCUUAUCAGUUUAAUAGUUUAUGAAUCAAAA